UCCAUAAAUAAUACUUGAACCAUUUAGAUUGAUUAUUAUAUGCAUGUAUGAACGAAGCAUAGUAUUGUUUAUACUGUAAGAGCUGGCUGAUAAUACGGUUAUACAAUAACAAAACUAUGUCUAACGAACCUGCUAUAACACAACUCUCUCAUCAUUUACAACAGAAAUUAUGUCAAACACGACCACCUUAUCGACAAGGGAAAAAGUUGACUGCAGUUAAGAUAUAUACGAUUAAUGAUGAAUCACAACAUUUGAUGAUUUGUGAUGUACCACAAUUACAAUUAAAACAAGAAAUAAAAAAACUUAUCUUUCCUUAUGGAGCUGUAAAAAAAGUUCAUGUAGUUUCUAAUUAUCCUUCAGAAGAAUUUACAGAAGCAUACCAUGUACAUUAUGAAGAUAUACGAAGUGCAAGAAUAGCAAAGCAUUUUCUUGAUGGGAAGAAUUUUUAUGGUGGUAUUCUACAUGUUUUUUAUGCUCCUGAAUUGGAAUCUGUAUCAGAAACAAGAGCAAAACUUAUGCAACGUCAUAAAGAUGUGUCUGUACGAUUAAAACGUAAUAAACAAGAUUGUGCAUAUAAUAGGAAAUUAUCUCAAGGAGAACAAACAAAAACCUUACUGCCUUUGUCUACAGAUCAGUUUAACCAAACUGAUUAUCAAGCUAUUUACAAUGAACCGUUUUUUAAUAAUGAUCAACAAUUAAAUCAUGAAUCUAAUAUAGCAAUAGAAAGAAGAAAUAUUCAAAGUACUGAAACUUCAACUGCAACAACUGUAUUACCAAUUCAAUCUAAAAUAAUAAAUACUGGAAACAUAAGUGAUGCAGGACAUUCAUCAGCAGAAAUAAAAAAUCAUGAUAAAUGUAAAAAAAGAAAAAAUUACAAAGGACAGUCUAUUAGAGAUAAUAUCAAAGUUAAAGUCAUUAGACCAUCAAUCGUAGAUACUAGUACUAUUCUAAAAUGCAAUAUUAAAGAUAAACAUAUUAAAAAUAACAUAUCUAAUAACACAAAUAAGGAAGAAAAAAGUACUAUUGUUAUUAAAAAAAUAACCAAUAAUGAUGCUAUUAAGAAACGAAUUGUUAUAAAAGAUUCAAGUAUUAAACAGUUAGUGAAACCAAGUCAAGAUCUUCAAAGUUCUAUACAAACAAUGAAAUUUCAAAUACGAUCAGCUUUACAAAAGUGUGAAAAGAGAGAAUUUCUUGUCUUAACCAACAAUAAAUAUGAAACAUAAAUAUAUUAACUGCAAAUAGUA